CAUGUUAGUUGGGAAGGGACUAAUUAAAGAGGCAAGACUCUACGAAAUAAGAACCUGUUUUUACUAUAUUUGUGGGGUGCUAGAAGGAGCUGUAUAGAUAGAGACAUUUGCUUACUACACUUCCUUCCCUCUCUUCAUUCAUAUUCAUCCAUUCUCCCUUAUCUCUAUACCAUUUUUUUUUUCCUUCUUGAAUCUCUCUUGCUAGAAGAUAAGUUAAGAGAUGGGGAAUUGCCAAGCUGUUGAUGCUGCAGUGCUUGUGAUCCAACACCCUUGUGGGAGGAUAGAGAGGUUGUAUUGGCCAGUAACUGCAAGUGAAGUCAUGAGGACUAACCCGGGUCACUAUGUGUCUUUGAUAAUACCAUUGCCUGUGCCACCACAGGACCAGAAUCGGGAGCAGAAAACGGUGCGUUUCACCCGGGUUAAGCUGCUCCGGCCUAAUGAGACUCUCAACCUUGGCCAUGCUUAUAGGCUCAUCACUACUCAAGAGGUUAUGAAAGUGUUGAAAGCAAAGAAGCAUGCAAAGACAAGGAAGCCACAGGCUGAGCAUACUUUGCAGCCGGAGAAACAGAGUUCAGCUUGUGAGGCACACACAGAAGGGGAGUCUACACAUCAGCAUAAUGAAUUCCAGGGAAUGAGAGCAGAGAGACAAAGGCCGAGAGCGGCUUCAGCAAAUCCGGCUGUAGUGAGGUCAAAAUCCUGGCGGCCUUCAUUACAGAGCAUUUCUGAGUCAACAAGUUGAUUGGUGCAAAACUGUGACAUGCAUAUUGGCUCAUACAUUAUUAUCUGGUAGCCUCUAUAAUGCAAGAUGUUCCUACUGGAUCAUUCCUGUUACAUGGGCAUGGAAAUUCAACACAUGUUUGAACCAAGAUUUCUCUUUCAUCACCAAUCACACCCUCAACUUCAAAGCCAUGCUUCAGUGAUAACAUGUUUGUAUAGCACCAACAAGAAGAAAAAAGAAAAAAGAAAAGAGUAAUGAAUGUAAAAAUAUGUUAGAAGUGAGUUUUGUGAUUGAUAUAGUUACAGCAGCAACGUCUUCCUUUUAUUGUGUUUAGCAAAUAAGCAAUUCCUACGUACAAAACGAAGGGAACUUUUUUACAAAAGAAAAAAGAAAAAAAAAAAAAGCAGCAUAUGAA